CUUGAUACAAAAAUAAAAAACAAUUGGUUAGUUAACCUUAAUGAAUUAGCAAAAAAUGAAGAAACUACAGAGCACGAAUAUCAUACAUCACUAAAUGAAGAUGUAAGGAAAGAGAAGAUGAUGUACUCCAGCUACCUGUUAGAUUCACGGAAAUCUAAGCAUCAAAUUGACAGAGUAGAAGAAAUAACAUCAACCAAAAGGCGAAAAGAUUUAACAAAUGUAUCACUUGAAGAUGAUGGUAGAAGUAAUACUACCAACAUUGUGUAUUCUGGAAAAAGUAUGGAUGAUAGGUCAAUAUUAGAGUCAGCAGAUUCGAAAAUGAAUCAAGUGAAUAAUAAUUUGCAUUCAUCAUCAUCUGUUCCAUCUUCUAACGUUAAUCGUGAAGAAGCUAAAAUUCAAAAUUGGGUUGAAUGGCAGGCAAAAGAUGCCAGAAUAAACUGGCUUGAAGAAAUGAAUAUGAAGCAGAUCUCGGAGUUGGAUAGAAUAAAGGAUAUAAACAUGAUGAUGUACUCCGAGUUAGAGCAAGCAAAAGAUGAAAAAAGAGAAGUCGAAGCCGAAAAAAGGAUCAUAGAAGAAAAAAAGGAUCUAUACUUAUGUGCUUUUUUAGUAGAUUCUUGGGAGUUAUAA